AUGGACAAGCCGUUUGUGCUCAUACCCCUGUACAUCUACCCUCUCCAUGAGGCAUGGGAACCCCUGUUUCAGGUCGCUUCUGCACACCCAGAGGUGCGCUUCAUCGCCGUCGUCAAUCCCAAUAACGGCCCGGGUUCCGAGCCACUGCCCGAUGCGAGUUACAUGGCGGUGCUGGAAAGGUUGAGCAAGGUCCCUAACAUCUGCACUUUGGGAUACGUCCACUGCACCUACGGUGAGCGAGAUAUUGACGCCAUCACGGCUGACAUCGACGUCUACUGCCGCUGGAACGACGCUCUCGCGGUUGAAGGUAUCUUCUUUGACGAAGUGCCAUCACAGGUCCGCUUUGUGCCGUUUAUGGCCGGCCUCGCCGACCACACGCGUGUAACAUGGAAAAUGCAUUGCAACAAGGACUGCAUGGUCGUAUACAACCCCGGCGUCGUAGUCGACCGGGGCUUUUUUGAGCAUCCCGACUAUAUCGUCGUUUUUGAGCAAUCUCACGGUCAUUGGGAUGACUCCUUCAUUGACAAGCAGCUUCAGAGAGUCUCGGUGGAAACACGAUCCAAGUCGGUGGCCAUUAUCCACUCGUGCGAGGCGAGAGGCAGCAAGGUUGAGUCCUUCACCAAGCAGGUUUGCUCCUUGGGCGUCGCGGGUAUUUUUGUGACGGAUGAGCUCGACGGCGGAUACACGAAAUGGCCAGCGACGUGGAAGCGAUUCGCAGGAACUGUGGCCGGGAUAACGUGA